GGAAGUAGCUUACAGGACCACCAACACAGGAACAACAGAGUAAACAACAGACACGUUUAUUCUGUUUUUGGGACGAUAUCUCCACAAGUAUGAAAUGAGACAGUCCAGUCAGUCCCUCGCUCAGACGGUGUGGCGUGUCGGUGAUGUUUUCAGCCGCUGUUAUAGGCAUGAAUGAAGGCAGGCAUCCAUGUCCCACCAUGGAGAGGAGAAAAUAACCCCCAAAAGAAGGAAAAGAAGACGCUGCAUUGCUGAGGAAUCUUCAGCCUCCAUCUCCGACUGAGGGUCGGCACAUCCGGACAGAGACCCGGAGAGCGACAGAGGGGCUGGUGCGCAGAAUGGCUUUCCUCGACAACCCCGCCAUCAUCCUGGCCCACAUCCGGCAGUCCCACGUGACCAGCGAUGACACCGGGAUGUGCGAGAUGGUUCUGAUCGAUCACGACGUGGAUCUGGAGAAGUGCCAUCCGUCGGUGGCGUCCGCUGGCGGGGGCUCGUCCGGGGGUUCGUAUGGAGACGCCGGCAGUGGAGGAGAAGGCCAGACCUGCGAACUCUCUCAGUCUGUCGACAUCACUUCCAGCUGGGACUUUGGCAUCCGACGGCGCUCCAACACAGGACGACAAGACAGUUUCGUGAGACCUGAGCCUGCUGCUCAAAGACUGGAGCGACUGAGGAAAGAACGACAGAACCAGAUCAAGUGCAAAAAUAUCCAGUGGAAAGAGAGAAGCUCGUCUCAAUCAGUAGAUGACUUGAGCUCGCUUUUUGACAAGAAGGACUUUAAGGACAGGCCCCGGAGCACAGGCAGUAAAUCCACACUCUCGCUGAGGCUCGAACAGUGUCCCCAACAGCUCAACAACCCCUUCAACGAAUACUCCAAAUUUGAUGGCAAGGGCCAUGUUGGUACAACGGCAACCAAAAAAAUUGACGUCUACCUCUCGAUGCAGUCGACCCAAGAAAAGCUUCACCCCAUGACGGUGGUCACGAUGGCUAACGCUCGGGUCCACGAUCUUAUCGGGCUCAUCUGCUGGCAGUACACCUGUGAGGGCCGUGAACCCAAGCUCAUAGAAAAUGUCAACACCUACUGUCUCCACAUCGCUGAGGAUGAUGGAGAGGUGGACACAGACUUCCCUCCGCUGGACUCUAACGAACCCAUCCACAAGUUUGGCUUCAGCACACUGGCGCUGGUCGAGAAGUAUUCAUCUCCUGGACUGGGGCCCAAACAGUCACUCUUUGUUCGAAUAAACGCCGCUCAUGGUUUCUCCCUGAUCCCAGUGGACAGCCUGAAAGUGACCAUGAAGGAUAUUCUGCAGAAGGCCCUCAAAAAGAGGAAGGGCUCCCAGAAAGGAUCAGGUCCCAUGUAUCGACUAGAGAAGCAAACAGAACCAAAUGUGGCGGUGGAUUUGGACAGUACGCUGGAGAGCCAGGGAACGCUGGAGUUCUGCUUGGUCCGAGAAAACAGCUCUCGAGGCGAGGAAAGCUCGGAGGAGGACCCGCCUAUAGACAUCACUACGGUACAGGACAUGUUGAGCAGUCACCACUACAAGUCCUUCAAGAUCAGCAUGAUCCACAAGCUCCGCUUCACCACAGAUGUACAGCUAGGAGUUUCUGGUGAAAAGGUAGAGAUCGACCCUGUCACCAAUCAGAAGACAAGCACGAAGUUCUGGAUCCGACAGAAGCCGAUCUCCAUAGACUCGGAUCUGCUGUGUGCCUGCGACCUGGUGGAGGAGAAGAGUCCAAGUCAUGCAAUAUUUAAGCUCACAUAUCUAAGCAACCACGACUACAAAGCCCUGUACUUCGAGUGUGAUGCUGCUACCGUCAAUGAGAUUGUGCUCAAGGUGAACUACAUCCUGGAGUCUCGUGCCAGCACGUCGAGGGCGGAUUACUUCGCACAGAAACAACGCAAACUGAACCGUCGCACGAGUUUCAGUUUCCAGAAGGACAAAAAGUCGGGCCAGUAGGGCUGGCGGCCAAAGCGAUCAGAACUGAACGGAGAGUGAGACGACGUAGAAGGAUUCCAAGAAGGAUCAUGGGAUAAAUAUGAGACAGACGUUCGUGUCUCAUCCGGAUGGAGAAAUCAGCCUCUUAAGGUCGGCCUUUCCUGGACUGACGGUCCUUAAUCAUAUCAGAGCACUAAUGCUCUCUGCUGUCACUCGAAUGUACUAGAAAAACCAACCAACAAUCUAAUUGAACAAUUAUAUUAACGUUUGAAGCCACAGCCAUCGCCCCCAGAACAGAGAAAACCAUCAGCUGGACUCUGGAUGCCAAGGACCGAGAACUUGCUGCUGUUUGCGUCAGUUUCAAAGACUCACUUCCACUGCCUAUACACACCAACUGUACAUAAACGCACACCAAACCAACGCAGUCGGAACCUUAAAAGCCCGAAAGAGCAAGUCAACCGUAUUAUCUGUUCCCAUAUGUAUCAAAGAUAUUAACUUAAACCGCAUCAGACUCUGACAGGGAAAGGGAUCGUGAUUUGUUUUUGUUUAUUUGUGUUUUUUUUGUGUUUUUUUUACGAAAAUGUAAAUAGCAACCAUAUUCAGGGUCUGAUGACAAACCCUCUCUGGCCAUAGUACUUUAGUGCCUGCUACAGAUCAAUAUGACAACUGCGUUCUUCGAGAUUUUACGCGUCGGGACUCUUUUUACCAACAGAGGAGGCUCGUAGGUUAAGGAAUGACAGAUUUUUAAUGAUCAAAUAAGAAAUGAAUACGUACUUUUUACUGUGACGUGCUUUUUUCCCCUCUGCAUUGUAUAUUUUGACAGUCCAAUCGCCUUCUAUCUCUUUUAGAUGGAUGUUUUGGUUCAUUCGGACUGUCCUCUUGGGCUGCAAUGGGAAUGUAUGACUGUUUUUACCACAUUUCAUUAUAAAUGUUAAAGAUAACAUUAUUAUACUUGGUUCAUUUCAUCUGUGUGUGUCGAGAUGGCUCGUUCUCCGCACCAAACCUGCCGUUUCUUUCUACAAAUAACUCCACUUCAAUCGCUGCUGUUGUUAAACUGGAUUCAGGGUGUAUGUUCUAUCCAAAACGUUCUGACUCAGGUUUCCGACUGCCAUGUUGUCUUGACUGAUCUUGUUUCUUUUUCUUUUUAAUUUUAUGUCUGUCAAAGCCAGAGAGCGAUGAGUGAUACUCAGUUCAGCGCUGACUGGAUGGACAAAUAGAGCGUGUGUUCCCGUGAUGGGGAUAACAGCUGAAUAGACAUUUCAAAUGAAACUUUAUUUAUAAUAUUACGAUGACCUGGGGGGUUAUCAUGCGGCCUAUGGAAUCAACAAUAUUUGCUACAGUACAUGUAUACUGUAUAUAAGUAGAUUUUCUAAUUAAAGACUGAACUACAAUAUA